GUCGUCCUUUCCUUUUUCACUUAGGGGGUGAAGGUGCAACAGUAAUCGGUCGUCCCGAAUCCGGGUUCAUCCGACACCGUCACCAACUCAAACCGAACCGAGCUCAGCUCCAGCAGCAACACCAUGCCUCCUAAAUUCGACCCCAACGAGAUUAAAAUCGUGUACAUGAGAUGCACAGGUGGAGAAGUUGGUCCCACUUCCACUCUGGCCCCCAAAAUUGGACCUCUGGGUCUGUCCCCCAAGAAAGUGGGUGAUGACAUUGCCAAGGCAACCGGUGACUGGAAGGGCCUGAGGAUCACUGUCAAGCUGACCAUCCAGAACAGACAGGCAGCGAUUGAGGUGGUGCCCUCCGCCUCUGCCCUCAUCAUCAAGGCCCUUAAAGAGCCUCCCCGUGACAGGAAGAAGGUCAAGAACAUUAAGCACUCUGGCAGUGUUCCGUUCGAUGAGAUCGUCAACAUUGCCCGUAUUAUGAGGCCACGUUCCAUUGCCAGGGAGCUUUCAGGAACGAUUAAGGAGAUCCUGGGCACAGCUCAGUCUGUGGGAUGCACCAUUGAUGGCCGCCUACCCCAUGAUGUCAUUGAUGACAUCAACAGUGGCAAAGUGGAAUGUCCAUCUGAGUAAAAGGCUGACAAGGAGUAGACAAUAAAAUUGUUAAAUGAA